AUGAAUCUCGAGCGAUCGCCAAGAAGUAUCUUCUUGUUCCUAGGUAUGAUUAUCAGGAACGAUGCGCACGUACUCUGCAUAAGCUACUAUGCGGGGUUCGAAUCUUCCAAGGCCUAUGUUAGCAAAUAUUGGCAUCAACUUAUCGUCCAUGCCGAUACUUGGCAGUCCUGGCCAACACAAGAUCUAUGGGAGACAUCAAUCCCGUCAAUGUGGUUCAGCAUUCGCUGUGGGGCUGGUGCAAAUGCUGAUGAAGAAACAUCUCAUAUGGCUUCUAGGUUUAAGUCAUAA